AUCAGAGUGAGGAGGACGCACAGUUUAGCUUAACCGGUUUAUGAUCUGAGUCUUUCACUCGAAUUCAAUAUCGCCGGCAAUAGCUCAACCAAAAAAAAAAUAUCGCCGGCAAUAGUGCUCAUCUGUUCGAUGUCCUCUCCGUCUGCGGUCGCCGAUCUCUUGAACGUGCUUGCCUACCGGCUUCAGAGCAGAAAUCAAUUGUUGGGAGAAGAACUUGAAGAGUCUACUUCAUCUAUGGGACUAGCUAUCUCGGAGCUAAACCGAUCUCUGACUAUGGACAUCGGCGCCGAGGAGUCUGGGGUUAAGGUUAUGGACGCAGCAUUAUCUCUAAUGUGCUUCAAGGCACCUCAGGUAUUUGAUUCGGCGAUUGAGUAUCUGGUGCGAACCAUUGUUUGCGCCUUAUCAUCUUCAAGAAACUGUAAAGUACUUAGGGAUCGAAACGAGGAAACGUUACAGUUUGGGAGCUCCUAUUUACCUCGCUGCUCUGAAGAAUUGAUCGAAAUCUCUAAGGAUAUUAUUGAUAAAUUGGGAUCAAACGGAAAGUUGGCUAAACAAUUGUUCCAAGCUGUUGUAAGAUCGGCAUCCUCAACAUCAUGCAGCGUGCAUAGAAUGUUAGAGGAUGGAAGAAAUAGGGCUGUAUCAAAGCUUCUUGCUUUCUUACCGAGAGAAUCAUCUACAGAUAACCACGAGAUACCUCUGAGGAUCCUGUUCUGGUAUCAAGAUCCAUCGUCUUUGAAGGAACAUGUUUCCGGAAUCUUGAAAGAUGUGGUGGAAAGGCCUUUCCUUUGUCUAAAGAAGGAGCUUUUCGAGAGGGCAGAGUGGCGCGAUAUUGUCAGCUGUUUAGUGCUAUCUCCUACUAUGUUUAUCAACACCAGAGCCCUCUUACAUAAAUGGCUUUUGCUUACGGGACUUGCUUCUGUCUUUGAAGUACUUGCUGGUUUGGUCUCUGCAAUAAUGGACACAAUUUCAAGACCAUCGAUGUGGGGUAUACCAAUGGAAUUAGCUUCCAUGUUGCCAUUCUCUGAUGCAUACUUUCCUUUCCAGUGUCAGUUUCUGAGAAUCUUGACUGGUCCUCUCACAUCCAAGUCCCUCCUAAUGUUAGCUCAUACUGUCAGUAAAUCAUCUGCUGCUCCUGGGCAACAACGACAGAAUACUAAUUGUAAGCCUACUCCAAUCAAAGUUCAAGCAUUAGAUGACAAAACCGAAUGGGCUUUGGCUAUCAACUUCCCCGAUUGGUUUUAUUUUGCUUCUGCUAUGCUCUUCUCAGAAGGGAAUUCAGUGGAAUCUAUCCACCAUAGAUACACUUCAAAAGUGGCUGAUAGUAAACAACCAUGUGAUGUGGAAGAUCUCUCCAUUGCUGCGGCUACAUACAUUUCUUGGUUUCUAAAUCCUGGAAGUGGAACCGUUCAAGAAUCACUAAGUAAGUCUCUCAUUAGAGUCUCAGAGAUAUGUAUCAGCAAAAGUUGUGGGUCAGAAGCACAUCGUAGUGAGACUAUAACUGGCAAGCGAAAGAAACCAGAUAGGCUUGUUUCUGGAAAAAUAAAGGCUUCCAGUAUUCUGGAAGACUUAUUGAGAGAAUUUGAAAACCAAAUCAUCAAUUCAGUUUCUUAUGAAUUUGAUUCUCGGAAAACACAUCCAGCUUUCAACUCUGGCCUCCAGAACAAUUUGUUGGUAAGAAGAGUGGUGGUUGGUGUACUGUUUGGUUCUCCAUUUUCAGUAACAGAUGAGGAGUAUGAACUGGUACUGCACUAUGCUGCAUCUGGGAAAAUUAUUUCCUUUAAGAAAUCACGAAAUACCGGAUUCAAACAAGGAAAGGGAUUCUCUAGAACAUCUGCUUUACUGUCGGAUGAAAUGACCAAGGAAGAGGCUAUUGAAGGCACACUUCUUGUUUUCAAAAUAACAGACACUUUUGAGAGUAUUUGUGUAUCAAGUUUUGAAGGUGAAGAGGACUCCGAGGAGUUUAUUAACUAUUUUAAGCUAAGAUCCAGCAAGUACUUGGUCAAAUGCAUCGACCGCCUGCUUCAACUUUACUGUAAAGAAGAUGGAGAUUUUAUACUAAGUGACAUUAAUAUCAGACUAGUAAAGUGGACAGUAAAAGGAAGAGAAGUUCCGAAUUUCAACAAAGAUCUUAAUGAUAUUGCUGCUAAAUUGGCCUGCAAAUUCUCCCCCACGUAACUGCCUCCCUUUUGCAUGACUUGUGUCAUCAAUCAUCAUAUUUUGUCGAACACAUAAUUUUGGGAAAUUGGUGAUCUCAGAUAUGAAAUGUUUAAAGCUCUCACCUGACUGGGAGGAAGAUAAUAUUGGUAAUCAGAUCCGCACCUAAAAUGAUUUGAUCUGCCUGGAGUGAACCAGACAAUUUUGGAAAAUUUAAUGAUAUGUGCAACAACAUAAUGAUGCCAUCACUGUUGGCCACAGUUCCUUGUGCUAGCCAGGGCAUCUGAGGUUCGUCAUCCCAUGGCCAUGAGAGUUGCAAAAGGAGUGUGAUCGAGAGAAGUGAGCAGUGAGCACAAGUACUUGGGUUUUGCUGUUAGGCUUUUUAAUUAUGUUGUAAAAUAUUUUUAUUGAAUAUUUUGUAUGGACUAUGGAGAUGGAAGCCAGCCAGAAGGUCUGGCUUUCAGAUGGAAAGAGUGAAGUAAUUCGAUAUAUUUAUUUUUCCAGUU